AUGGAAUUUAUCAUCAAAAAUAAUUCAAACCUCCAACAAAAUUUAAACUGUUCUACAAGUCUAGCACUCCAAGGCGAUGAAAAAAUGAAUAAUUACACAGUCAAACGCAUACAGAGACAAAGUUCAAAGGUUAUUGACUCCAAAAAGCGUUGGUCAAAAGAAGAAAAUCUACUGUUAUUAAAUCUGUAUUCAAUUCACGGAGCCAAGUGGGACAUAAUAUCCAAAUUCUUUACAGAGAGAUCAGCAUUUUCAGUUAAAAAUCACUUCUAUGGGCUCUCAAAAACUAUGACUUUAGACAAAAAAAUGGAGCUUAGAAAGCUCAGAAUAGAAUGCAAAGAGCAAAAAUCUAUUCAAAUAUUUAAUUAUGUUACUUUAAACAAAUCUACGAAGUCAGAAGAAGACUUACUCGUUGAGAGUUUUUUUGUGGACGAGUUAAAAUCAUUGGAUAAAAUGGAGCAAUGUGAAAAAUUAAAUAAUAUAAAUUCUGAUAUAUAGAUUCUCUGCAUCUUUGCUUGACUUAAAACACACUUCUCUGCAGUAGCUUGGAGCUAUGGCAAGUUAUCUAAAGAUGGAAAGUCAACUCCAAAUUAGCAAAAGCGCAUUCUUUGCAAGGAUUUGCCAACUUGAAGUCGACUUGCUACUUUAGGUGACUCAUAAGGGUUUCCAGCUUCUGCAAAGAAGCUUGCUUUAAAUCAAAAAAUAGCAGUACAGACGCUAUAGAGUACGAGAGUUUUGAAGCCCAAGACACAAUUAGAGAAAAGUUAAAUGAAAAGUACGAGGAGCUUAAAAAACUAUCUGCAAUUUUAGAAAAACAAAUUUUACUAAAACGAGCAAAGAUUGGUCUGAUACCAAAAACUGUUUGCUAA